AUGGCGAAGAAGAACAGAAUGAACACCGCUCAGCGGAAACAGCUUCGGAACAAGGAAAACGAGUACAUCGAGGAGUUGAACAAGAGGACGCAAGAGUACGACCCAAAACUGCAACGGGCCACGUUCUUCAAGGACUUGCCCCUCUGCAGGAACGUGCUUAAGGGGCUCAGUGCCUCUGCGUUUGUGAAACUGACGGCUAUCCAGAGGGAAUCGAUCCCCGUGUCGCUUCAGGGACACGACGUGCUUGCUGCAGCGAAGACUGGGUCCGGUAAAACACUCGCGUUCUUGGUCCCCGUGUUGGAAAAACUGUACAGGGAGCGCUGGACCGAGUUCGACGGGUUGGGGGCGCUCAUCAUCUCUCCGACGAGGGAACUCGCGAUGCAGAUAUACGAGGUGCUCGUCAAAGUCGGGUCUCAGUGCUCGUUCUCCGCGGGGCUUGUCAUCGGUGGGAAGGACGUUAAGUACGAGUCCGAGAGAAUCUCUAAGAUCAAUAUCCUUAUUGGGACCCCAGGGAGAAUCCUGCAACAUCUUGACCAGGCCGUUGGACUCAACGCAUCCAAUUUGCAAAUGCUUGUCCUGGAUGAGGCGGACCGCUGUCUCGACAUGGGGUUCAAGAAGACACUGGACGCUAUUGUAGGGAAUUUGCCCCCCAUGAGACAGACGUUGCUCUUCUCCGCUACACAGUCCGCAUCAUUAGCGGACCUCGCGAGACUCUCCCUCACGGAUUACAAAAAUAUAGGCACGUUGGAAACCGGGUCAGGACAGCAGGUAGGAGCCGCAAAUCCGGCAACACCAGACACAUUACAACAGUACUACAUUGACGUGUCACUACCAGACAAGCUCGACAUCCUGUUCAGUUUUAUUAAGUCACACUUGAAGUCCAAAAUGAUCGUUUUCUUGUCCAGUGGGAAACAAGUACAUUUCAUCUACGAGACAUUUAGGAAGAUGCAACCAGGUAUCUCGUUGAUGCACUUGCAUGGGAGACAAAAACAAACAGCAAGGACAGACACCCUUGAUAAAUUUGUCCGCGCGCAACAGGUGUGUCUCUUCGCUACAGACGUCGUCGCUAGGGGGAUCGACUUCCCUGCAGUUGAUUGGGUCGUCCAAGUGGACUGCCCUGAAGACGCAGACACGUACAUCCACAGGGUCGGCAGAUCGGCGAGGUACGGGAAGAAGGGGAAGGCGCUGAUCAUGCUCACCCCGCAGGAGAUGGACCCAUUCCUGAGCAGACUGAAGACGAAGAAGAUCGAACCAGAGAAAUUGAACAUCAAGCAAUCCAAGAAAAAAUCGAUCAAACCACAGCUACAGUCGCUGCUGUUCAAGGACCCUGAACUGAAGUACCUCGCGCAGAAGGCGUUCAUAUCGUACAUCAGGUCAAUCUACGUACAGAAGGAUAAAGAAGUGUUCAAGUUCAACGAAAUACCGACCGAGGAAUUUGCAAACUCGUUGGGGCUCCCUGGCGCACCAAAGAUCAAAAUCAAGGGUAUGAAGGCGAUCACUCGAGCGAAGGAGUUAAAAAACUCCCCAAGGUCGCUGUUGAACUUGGCAAAGACGAAUGAGAUGGGUGAAUUGGAGGAGGAAUCGAAACCCGUGAGGACGAAAUACGAUAAGAUGUUCGGACGUAAGAAUCAGACCGUUUUAAGUGAGCAUUACAUGAACAUCACCAAACAUCAGACGGCAGAGGACGACGAGGACGACUUCAUGACAGUGAAACGUACAAACCACAUUUUGAACGAGCAGGAACUACCACAACUAGUCGUGCCAACGUCCAAACGUGGCCAAAAGAAGGCGCUGUCAAAGAAGGCGUCCCUGGCCGCAAAGGGCAACCCCACUAAAAUGGUGUUUGACGAUGAUGGUAACUCGCACCCUGUGUAUGAACUAGAGGACGAGGAGGACUUCCAAAUGAGAGGCAGCGCAGAGUCUCAAAAGAGAGAAUUUUUGAAGAAGGAGACGGACGUUCUUUCUAAGGGUGACAAGAUCGAUAAACAGGUUGCUAAGGAAAGAGACAAGAAAAGAAGAGAAAGAGGCUCGAAGCACUUAGAAGAGAGAUGGAGGAGGACCUGUCCGGGGAGUGAGGAACCCGCUGUGAUUCUGGGAACUGGCGAUUUGGAUCUUGACAUGAACGCCGCGGACGAGUCUGACAGGGAGGAACCCGCGAGGAAGUCUCGGAAGAAAAGCAACUUUAAGUCUGCUGAGUCUCCUGAGGAAGACAAUAACGCCAUUGAGGUGGAGGAACCUCAGACACUGGAAGAUUUGGAAUCAUUGACCGCCAGAUUAAUACAAGGGUAA